UCGCGAAGGUACCGAAAGCAGCUAUCAUUAUUUGGAUGGACGAAAUCCAGUCGAUCGAUAAUUAUUUCCUUACUGGGUGUCCUUUUGGACACGGAAAACAUACUUAAGUUACUUAAGUAUGUUAAAGAUAAAUACGCGUAGCCCUAUAGUAUAUUGUUUGUUCCUAUUCUGAUCACAGUUCAAUGUUCACCAUCAAAGACCGAUUCUAGUCAUCGUGUGCUGUAAACAGUUAAAUUCCCGUCGCUACACUACUGGUUGUCAAACAAGUGGAACGAUUUGCUCAUUGAAAUUUAUAGACUUGACUUAAAGCACAAUACACUUCUUCAGAAUGUCUUUAAGUUCUCUUGGCGAUAAUGGCACAUCAUUAUCAGAUCAUUAUAAAAACUUUUAUAAUUUAUUUAAAAAGAACACACCACCCGAUAUAAACUUGGUAACAGAUGAUGGUGUACAAUUAGCUGCUCAUAAACUUAUUUUGGCUUCAGCCAGUUCUUGGUUUGAAGUCCUGUUCUACGGUGGCUUUAAAAAAAAUAAUCAAAGUAACGUGACCGUAAACGAAAUCGAGUCUGAUGUUUUAAGAUCUAUCCUGACGUACGUGUACACAUUCAAACUAGACAUAAAAGAUAAUAAUAUCGAGAAACUGUUAAAAGCUGCUGAUUGUUAUCAAUUUAAUAAUGUGAAAAAGUUAUGUUAUGAUUUUAUUAAAGAGAAAAUGAACAAUUCAAAUUGCAUGACGUUCUUGAAAUAUGCUAAUCCUAUAUCACACAAAGAACUUCACAAUUUCUGUUUUCAUUAUAUUUUAAUGAACUUCGAAAAUCUUAUUCUGAAUUCGGAAUUUGGUUUGGACAGACUAUAUGAAUCAAAUUUUGAUGAUUUCGUCGAGUUCAUAUCCAACGAUUAUUUAGAUAUUGAAUCGGAAGAAGUGGUUUUUGAGUUGAUCAUCGGUUGGAUAAAUUAUAACUUAUAUGAACGCAAGGACUGUUUACCUGAACUACUAAAGUAUUUGAGAUUACCAUUGAUUCCUAAACACAAAUUGAAACGCAUAACUACUGAACGUUUAGUGAAAAGAAACAAAGAUUAUUUGGUUGACUUUUUGAAAGAAAUUGAUAAUAUCCGUGCUGAUUUAAAUAUUUCUAACGCAACACAAAGACCACCUUAUGCACAUGUAUCGAAUAUUAUUUUUGCUAUAAAAGGUGUAUCGGGCGAUGAAGACGGCUAUAUCAAGUAUCUAGAUUUGAGAGACGAGGAGAAUCUAAAUUGGAAAUUUUGUGAUUUUUCGUUUUUUCGCCCACGUCGCUAUUGUUCCGUUUUAGUGUUCUCGAGUAAAGGUGUGAUAUUUGCAAUUGGCGGUUUCGAGGAACCUAAUAAGUGGACGAAUCACGUAGACGCACUGGAUCUUAGUUCAACGGCGAAAAAUUGGGUGUCUGUAACACCCAUGAAGACUGUCCGAAGAAACUUCGCUGUUAGCGUUCAUGGAAACUUCAUAUUCGUUAUUGGAGGUGAAGAUAAACACAGGAAUACAUUAGCUUCGGUAGAAUAUUACGACACAGAAUUUAAAGUUUGGAAGAAAUUACCAAAAUCGAUGCCUACCCCUCGUAAAUAUUGCAAAUCUAUCAUCCAUAAUAAUUGUUUAUUUGUCUUUGGCGGUAUAAACGACAAAAUGAUGCUUAAAAGCGUAGAUUGCUACAAUUUAAAAAAUAAGCGAUGGAUAACACUCGGUUCUAUGCCAGCGCCCAAAUGUUCUAUGGCCAUGGCGGUGGGAAAGAAUGUCCUUUAUCUCAUUGGCGGGGGAUUGGGCAUAUUUCCAUAUUCAUCUGAAAAGAGUGUUUUCAAAUUUGAUUUAAAAAAUCAUAAAUGGACCGUGCUACCAGAAAUGAACGAACCCAGGUUCAACGCAAACGGUGUCCUUAUUAAAAACGAUUUAUUCGUUUUUGGAGGAGUACAGUUUGACGAGCCCAAACCAACGGUAGCGUCAUUAAGUGAGAAAUAUAAUUCCGAUAAAAAAGAAUGGAAGUUUACUAAAUCGGCCAACGUGUUAUUCGCCUAUAAUCAUGCGUUUUGUCUAAACGAUAUGAAACUAAAAGCAUUUGGAAUUAACAUUUAAAAAUGUCCUCAAAUUAGUGUAAUAAUUAACUAUUGUUGUAUUGAACCGUUUCCAAUUGUAAUUUAAUGUACUUUAGGGCAUAUCAUGAUUGUCUCACAGAUUUGCAAAACAACUUAUUGUGUAGGUAAAUAUGUCAGCCUAUGGUGAUACACCCUGUAAGUAUAUUAGCUACUUUUAUUAUAAGCUAAUAUUAUUGUUUAUUUAUUUUGAUGUGAUCCUAUUCGACAAGUAUAUCAUGUGAUACUUAAUAAGUAACUUUUUUUUUAUGUCUAUCGUUUGUUACCUUUGGCAAUAUAAUAAUUUAUACUCUACUAUUUCUAAUGUGUAAAUAUGUUGACAAUAA